UGUCCGUUCAAUCCGUUGUAUACCUUCCUACGUAGUGGAGUCAAUCGCAAGCGAGUGAACGCAGAUUCCUCCAAGAGGUGAGACUUGUGACUCGGGAAGCUUUCAGUAAUAUCUUUAUUUGUUUUGAAUCGCUUCUCGGGACAAGUCGCAGAUUUCUGUUUCGCGGGCGCGCACAUUCGUUUACGCGGGAAGCUCGGGCAUUUAUGAACUCGUCGCUCCUUAGUAAAAUAGUACAUUUGUACAAUAUUGAUUACAAAAUGUGAGUUAAAGUUCAACGAACAAGUGUUCAUCAAGGGACAUUCUAAGUGUAAUAGGAAACGUCUGCCAACGGUAAUUGCAUCGUAUGAGCUAAGCCCCGGCGAGAAUAAUUUAAAUUAAUUAUCAUCAAUUACGGUGAACAGAGAGUAAGUGUUUCUGUGCAAUUGUCUGGUCAGGGUACACACAACACGGAGACCCACCGCGCCGCCGGCCUUCCGGAAACCCCUUGCAAGCAUCUGGUGAAGCAUAAAAAGCGCGAAAAGUUGUGAAUGAAUUUGGUGUAUGAAUGAAACUCGGCGGUCGUGCCGUGUCGUCCGUCGGUCGUCGAUGCAAACUUUAUGAAUGGGCCACGAAGAAGGAGAGACAUAUCGGCCCUCCAUCGUUUGCAGCCAGAAGAGAGUGAUGGAUUGUAAUUGCAAAAGUUUUCGUCAUGAUACGCUGGUUACGGUAGGUACCUACUAAGCGACAACGUGUGGUGUUUAGUUUCAUUGGGUGUGAAGUGAUUCAUUAGUUAGAAACUACAUGUACACAUCGAGAUGAAAUUUGUCCAUUAAACAAUAGUGCCUUUAUCGAUCUUGGAGAUCAUCCGAUCUUAUUCUGAGCUGCAAUUUUCACUGCCGCGUUACACCUCAACAGUGACCUGCUUAUUGAGUACUGUAUGGCUAGGGGCAAUUGAAUGUAUCGUGUUUCGCUGCUGAAUAAAUAUGGAUAGUCAAAAGUUGGCGGGAGCAUGCAAGACUUCACCAAGGAGGAGUUUGGUCUUCUUGGCGGAAGCGUCGUAAGCGGUGAUAAGGAUCUGUCUAGUCAGAACCAGCAUUUCAACGUGCACAUCCAUGGUAAUCAUCUUCACCAUCAGAGUCUUCAACAUCAUCACCAUCACCACCAUGGUGUGAUAGGAGGAAAUAUCAUUCCCGAGUCCACGACGAUAGCCGACGAGAUCAAACUAAGUCAGAACAGCGAUCUGAUUGAGGCCAACGAGAGUGGAAAACUGGAGGAAGCCGACCGAGAUCUGUACCCCUGGAGCACGAACAAUAUCGGGAGCCAGUUUCUACGCAGUUCGGACGAUCCGCUUAUCUCCGGAGGCACCAACGACAAUCAGAACGAUAAUGAGCUUAGCGUUGCUACCGCGUCCCAGUCAAUGUGUUCAUCACCCACUCCCCCACCCACGCAGAAGCAUCGCAACAGCAUCGUCGUGCCCACAUCGAUCCUCUCGCCAGAACUUCCCGAUACGCCCGUAUCGCCACUGCCCACGCCCACGAAGCAAUCCGGUGGACAGUCGAAUCGCCGCGGGGCUGCUGCCGGAGGUACCGGCCGUCAACGACGCAAAGGGCCCAUCAAGUUACGGUUCCAUCACCAAGCCCUGCCACCAGAAUAUCUGGACCAUUAUGAGGCAACCCAGAACAUCGCAGCCAAACGAGAACAACAGCAGCAACUGCAAAACUACGGCGGAACACGUUCUGGCAGGAUGGAAAAGCAAGCGGAACAGGAACGUGAAGACCGCACCAACGAAUCGGUAAGGAAUUGGCUACAGAAGAUUUUGGAACUUCAAAAAGAGGGCGUUUCCUUGGCGCCCGUUAAAGAUGAAACGGAAUCCGCCUUACAACGGUCAUCUCCUGGAACCCAGAGGAAUAAAGUCGUCAGCUAUAGCGAUUUACCGUACAUGGGUGAAAUGACUUUGGAGAAUUCAAAACCUCGAAGAGGCAGAAAGCCAAAGAAGGCUGACAUCUGCCAUUUGAUAUACAAGAAUUAUGGUACAAUAUUGCCAGGAACGCCCAAACCAGAAUCUCUACAAGAUAGGGCAAACAAUGGACAUCGGACACAAACUAGGAGCAGUAGCUUACUAGAAAGACGCCUGAUGUCCAACGACAAAAAUCUCCAGGAUGGAAAGGGAAAACGAGAAGAACCAUUGAAUCUUUGUGUCAGAGAUGGCGGAGGUGAUCCACUAGAUUUAUCGAGUUCAGAAAACGAAAGCGAUGAAGUCUACGAGUCUUCAUGUCCAACGCCAAUCAUUACACCAACUGACAUCAACACUGACCAAGUACUUGCUUCAAAUAUGAAAAUGUCACUGCCAAACCUGCACAGCACUGGUGCAGCAACACCGUCUAGUGGGGAUACUCCAUCAACAGCGGACACCCCACCGGGCUACAUGUACUGGCCAAAUAUGGGAAGUUUUAUUCACCCUAUGGCUUUGUACUAUCAGAAACUAGUUGAUACCAACAACACGAUAACUCCUGGUCAAUCCAGCUCAUCUCCUUCUAAUUCAGUUCCCAGUACUCCAACUGAAAUACUGAACCCCAAACUACCCGUUACAUCAAACAGUUCAACACCAUCGCCUUCAUCACCGGUCGCACCUAAACAAGAGCCACAGCAUACACUGAUUCCCAAACCAAUUUCCCAACUCAUCAAACCAGAAAAAGUCUCCAAAUCUCAAUCAGACUCGCAAUCGUCCACCAGCAAAAACUCACCCCCAACCCAGAAACGAAAACGAUCAGCCAUCUUCAUCCCGCCAGUUCCGGCGGAAAACAGUACAAAUCCUGCCACGGAAGUUAGCAUUUGUAAGUUCAAGUUUACUGGUGGGGCCAAACCGUGCCUCCAGGAGAAAAAGAUGCUCAGUGUAGACUCUGGAGGAAACUUCCGGUAUUACUCCGGAACGGGAGAUAAAUCUAUGCGAGGCUAUGAGUUCUUCCCCCGUGAGAGUCUACAACAGAGCAGUCUCCACUCAACUACCACUACCGGAGCAUUCCUGAACACUCCUCCGGUUGAGAAAAUAGCCUGCGAUCUGCCACCUCCAUCGCUGGGACUUAGCAACGACAUUCUGCAAAUCCCGGACUUUCCCAGUGCAGCUAGUCUAACCGGAUUAGCUUCACCGGGAAACCCUUUGAACCAGCACCGACGUCAACAACCUUCUGAGUACAGUGAAGCACGUCGUGCCAGGCGUCGUUCACGGCGCUCGUCUCAGCGUGAGUCCCUGGAGAAAACUUUCAAGGAGAAAGGGUUCCUCAUCCAAACCCAACAAAUGCAAUCGGCUGAAGGUGCGACCUAUUGUAAGUUUAGACAAUUACGAAAAUUUACCCGCUAUCUCUUCCGAAGCUGGAAAGACUAUCUUCCCGGAGAGCUACAACAGCAGCAGGGAACGACUUCCGGAGAGCAUCCUCACGAUGGGCUGUCAAUGAGUGCCUCUGCAGACCUUCGCCUGGACGAGGACAGUCCUCUUCUCGAGUGUCCCAGUUCUCGUGCAAGCAACGGCCUCAGCGAAAGAUCCGUACCAACUCCAUCAUCCAUUUCAACCCCACCACCGGAAGUAAUGCAAUUGGAAGUCCACCGACGAUCAUCACAGCCUGUUUCUCCGUUAUCCACGUCAUCACCGAUGUUCCAUUCCGAUCCGCUUACCCGGGAACGUCAGAGCUGACGACAAGGCAAGGAUCGGUUAGAAUGUAAUCACAAUUUUUAUUGCCAAAGACUAGACCUUAAGAAUGUAAUAGCUAAUUAAAUUUUCACAGAGUUUUAUUUGAGAUAGACAAAUUAACACGAAUCAUUUAAUGAGAAAGAAUUCUAGUCGUUUUUUGUAUUUUAUUUAUUAAUGUUUAAACUUAAUUUUUAAUUCAAAAUUAAACAAUCAAUUUAAUUUCCUUGUUGCCAUACAUUUGAAUUACUUUUACUUUAGUUUGUGUUGAACGUUACUAAAUAAAGAAAAGAAAUAACAAUUGA